AUGGAUGUUUGGAGGCGACAGAAUGGCGAAAGUGGUACUGAUAAGUUUCUCGACCUGAUUGCAGAUCCGUUCCAGGGUGAAAUCCAAGAGAACUCGAUUUACGCCGCUAUUGUAUAUUCCUUCGUUAUAUCCGGGCUACUGGUCGUUGUAUUCUGCUUUCUCCGACCACGCAACUCGAGAGUCUAUGCACCACGAGCGAAACAUGCCGAUGAGAAACACCGACCGAAACAACUGGACAAGAAGCCGUUCAGUUGGUUGGAUGCAGUCAAAAAUGUGAAAGAGCAGGAAUUAGUGGACACUAUCGGUCUGGAUGCGGUUGUCUUCCUACGGUUCCUUCGAAUGAUUCGGGACAUCUUCAUGGUGUUGACAGUGGUGGGUUUAGGCAUUCUGAUACCCGUCAAUGUCGUAGGAGGCUCGCCGCUUUAUAAGCAGUGGAAAGAGAUACCGACGCUGAUGAAGUUUACGCCGCAGUACAUAUUUGGAAGGAAAUUCUGGGCUUACGUCGUGGUGGCGUAUCUGAUCCAGGGUGUUGUGUGUUUCUUCCUUUGGUUGAAUUACAGAGCGAUUCUAAAACUUAGGCGUGCGUAUUUCAACACUCAGGAAUACAAGUCUAGCCUGCACUCGCGAACGUUACUGCUUACACACGUUCCCGAAUCAUCGCGAACGGAUGCCGGGCUUGUCGAGCUUGUCGAACAAGCCAAGUCAAUCGAUACCAUCCCCCGGACAGUGAUCGGUCGCAAUGUUAAGGAUUUGCCAAAGCUUAUUGAGGCGCAUGAUGACGCUGUCCGCCAACUCGAGAAGCACUUGGCGGAGUACCUGAGCAACCCAAACAAGCUGCCCGCCAAGCGUCCUACGUGCAAAGCCACGAAAGACGAUCAAGCUGUGCAUGGCAAAGGGAAACUCGAUGCGAUCGACUACCUGACGGACCGAAUCGCAAGGUUGGAGACAACGAUCAAGGAAGUACGAGAAGGUGUCGACAUGCGAAAUCCCAUGCCCUAUGGAUUUGCAUCCUAUACGCACAUCGAAGAUGCUCAUGCGGUUGCGUAUGCGACGAGGAAGAAGGGCCCUGCUGGUUGUGACGUCUACCUCGCCCCCAAACCCCAUGACCUCCUUUGGCAGAACCUUCCGAUGACACGAAGGACUCGCAGAAUACGUGCUUUCUGGGAUGGUCUAUGGGUAGUACUGUUCACCAUUGCUUUCGUUGUUCCUAACAUCUUGACAUCCGUCUUCUUGUCAGACUUCUCCCACUUGGGGCUUGUAUGGCCAGCCUUCAUGACGAAUCUUCAAGCCCACCCGACAGGUUGGGCUAUUGCACAGGGUAUCUUGGCCCCCUUGGUGCAAACUCUAAUGUACAUGGGAGUUCCUGUGGUGUUCCGUCGAUUGUUCACACACUCCGGAGAUGUCUCGAAGACCUCCAGGGAACGCCAUGUCACUGCUCGUCUGUACUCCUUCUUCGUGUUCAACAACCUCCUCGUCUUCUCUGUAUUCGGUUCGGCGUGGCGAUUCGUCGCAGCCGUCGUCGCAGCGCAGGACCAAGGUGUCUGGGAAGCUAUUCAGGAUGGCCAUCUGUUCACCAAGGUUAUGACCGGGUUGUGUAAUGUGUCUACCUUCUGGCUUACCUGGCAAAUGCAGCGAAACCUUGGUGCUGCCAUCGAUCUCUCGCAAGCCUGGAUUUUCUUGUGGUCCUGGUUCCAACGUACCUUCUUCUCGCCAACUCCAAGAGAGCUUAUUGAGCUCAGCGCGCCUCAACCAUUCCCAUAUGCCGACUACUACAACAACUACCUCUUCGUGUCGACCGUAGGUCUCUGCAUGGGAACACUACAACCGAUCAUCUUCCCAGUGACAGCUUUCUACAUCGCCAUGGAUAGCGUCUUCAAGAAGUACCUGCUUCAGUAUGUUUUCAUCACGAAGACCGAGUCUGGCGGCAGAUUCUGGAAGCUCCUAGUAAAUCGCAUGCUAUUCGCGGUCGCCUUCGCAGAUGCGGUCAUCGCGCUGGUCGUUGGUGCAAACGGUGUUGGAUCGAUCGAUUUUGAUAAUAUACAAGUAGGAACCGGUAACAUGCUGUAUGCCAUGGUUCCACUACCCUUCCUGCUAUUCGGCUUCAAGUGGUACUGCAGGCGAGCUUUCGACGAUAAACUGCUGUACUACUCCACGCUCCCCUACUCCGAUGUAGAGGGUUCCCAUUCCGUGGAUCACCCGAAAUCGAAGAAGAGCACCAAGGUCUCGUCUCGCUAUGGCCAUCCCGCGCUAUACAAGAAGCUGCUUACGCCAAUGGUACACGCAAAGUCUCAGCAUCUCCUGAAAGAGAUAUAUGGCCACCGGUCAAACGCUGAUCGAGAUAUCUUCGAUGCACCUCACCGCCGUUCGACCGAUCGCGCUAUGCCAUCAACGCCAGGCUAUGACCGCUUCGGUGAUUACUUUAUGACGGAAAUGGAUUCUCAUCAGCCAGGCAAGCAUGUAAGUGGUGGAAUAGAAAUCCCUCACAUGGAAGUCGUCACCGAGUCAGAGCUCGACUUCGAGAACUUCAAGAAGCGUGCAGAGUUCCGGGAACAAUUUGGUGGCGACGGGGAGCUGUACGGCCGACCCGAAGACAUGUCAAGGCCUGGCACUCCCUCUACUUUCACUACGCUCACCGAGAUGGGUCCGUAUGCACGUCGGGGUUCACCGUCUGGAUCAAUGGCGUCGACUAGGGCGUCGAGUCGAACACGACUAGGAGAUAAGGAAGAGCUAGAACAGGGGACUUCAUACGCUAAAGGCUACCAGAAGGCGCCGCGUCCUGAUGAAGGGUUCGAAGACGUUGGCAUCGAUGUUGAUAUCCCGGCAACGCCGUUCAAUGCUGACACAGUACUGCACGGUACGAGUAGCCGCCAACCACUUGUCAGUGCGGAUGAAAGGGAUGGUGGCGAAGAAUACUUCAGCCGUACCAGUCGGUCACAGGAUGAGGACACGAGUUAUGAGCGUUUUAGACAUGCUAGAUGA